UUCUUGCCAUUCUAAGAUUUUGAUCUUACAAAGUGAUGGCCUUCUCGCUCAGCUUCAGUGUCUUGUCUUCCACUUCCCUACUGGUUCUCUUCUCUGCUCUGUUUCUCUCCAACUUUCUCUCUUUAUGGUUGUACUUCGUCUUGUUCUUCUCCACUGUUUGUUUGUGCUGCUGCCUUUUGGUUUUCAAACUGAGACCAACACCACCCCACACUAGUCCUUCAGUCACCACCGAAGCAGAUACUCCUUCUUCUUCUUCUUCUCCUCCAUUUCGUAAACUGACAUACGAUGUGUUCCUCAGUUUCAGUGGGAAAGACACCCGCAAAAGUUUCACAGACCAUCUCUUCAGUGCUCUCAAACAGAAAGGGAUACACACAUUUCGAGAUGAUGAAGAACUUGUGAGGGGGGAAUCGAUUGGUGAAAAUCUGCUGAAAGCAAUUGAAGAGUCAAGAUAUGUAAUCGCUGUUUUCUCACGAAGUUACGCCGAUUCCGCAUGGUGUUUGGAUGAGAUUGCAAAGGCCGCUGACUGCACCAAAAUGGGACAAGUAGUCCUCCCAGUGUUCUAUGAUGUCGAUCCAUAUGAGGUAAGGAGACAAAAAGGCCAACACUUUGAGAAAGCAUUUCAGAAGCAUCAAAAGAGAUACAAAGGGGAACCAGCCAAAGUGAAGAGGUGGAGAGAUGCUCUUUUUCAAGUAGGCAGUCUCUCUGGAUGGCAUCUGCAACAUGGGUAUGAAUCCAAAGUCAUUCAAGAAAUUGUAGAAAAGAUUUUCACCGAGUUAAAUCAAAUAAUUUCAUCGUCUGAGGGUUUAGUUGGGAUGGAUUCUCACCUGAAUCAGAUGCUUUCCUACUUAGAAAUUGGGUGUCCUGAUGUUCGUAUCAUAGGGAUUUGUGGGAUGGGUGGUAUCGGGAAAACAACUAUUGCACAAGUGGUUUUUGAAAGGGUACAAACUCAGUUUGAAGGUUGCAGCUUUCUUGAGAAUGUUAGAGAGGUAAUUGAAAAGCAAGGUGCAGUUCAUUUACAAGAGCAACUUCUUUCGAACUUGCUGAAAUGUAAGGUAAAUGUACAGAAUACUAAAAUGGGAAAAAACAUAAUGAGGCAGAGACUGCAAACUAAAAUGGUCCUGGUCGUUCUUGAUGAUGUGGACCAAGAAGAACAUUUGGAAUCUCUGUGUGAUCGUGAAUCAUUUGGUCCAGGGAGUAGAAUCAUUAUAACUUCAAGAGAUGAACAUUUGCUCAGUGCUGUUGAAGGUGAUCAGGUGUAUAAUGUGAAUCCAUUAACUGAUGCUGAAGCUUUUCAGCUCUUUAGUAUGAAAGCCCUUAAGAAAGACCAGCUGGUUGGGGAGGAAGUUCUCAAGCUAUCCAAGGAAUUUUUGGAAUAUGCUAAUGGCAUUCCAUUAGCUAUCAAAGUUUUAGGUUCUUCGGUUAAGGGCAGAAGGGUAGAAUUGUGGUCCAGUGCAUUAGAUAGAUUAAAAAAAAGUCCUGACAAAAAAGUUAUUAAUGUUCUCAAGGUUAGUUUUGAUGGAUUAGAACCAAGAGAACAAAAAAUUUUUUUGGACAUUGCAUGUUUCCUUAAAGGGGUGAACAUAGAUCGUGGAAGAAGAAUACUACAGGGCAGUGAUGCCCACUGUCCAGACUUUGAUAUACAGGUUCUCCUGGACAAAUCUAUGGUAACUCUAUAUGGAAAGAGAUUGUGGAUGCAUGAUUUGAUGCAAGAAUUGGGUUGGGAAGUUGUUCGCCAAGAAUGCCAUGAUGAACCUGGAAAACGUAGUAGAUUGUGGCUUUCAAGUGAAAUCAUUGAUGUACUUGAUCAGAGUAAGGCAACGAGUGCAGUCCAAAGCAUACUUCUCCAAGGUCCAACUAAAGAUGAUGUGGUUCACUCAGCUAUGGAGUCUUUCUCAAAUAUGGACAGAUUAAGAUUGCUCAAAAUUUGGAAUGUGAAGGUUUCUAAGAACAUCAGAUAUCUUUCUAAGAAGUUACAGUAUCUGGAAUGGGGCGAAUGUCCUUUAGAUUCUUUCCCUUCAGACUUUCAACCAGAUUAUCUUGUCGAACUUCACAUGCAUUCAAGCUGCAUCAAAGAACUAUGGAGAGGACAAAGAGGAUGGAGAAUGCUACGGCUGAUUGAUAUGAGCGGUUCACAAUACUUGAUGUCGACUCCAGACUUCACUGAGGUUCCAGAUCUUGAGACAUUGGUGCUUCAAGAUUGUACGAGUUUGGUUGAGGUUCACCCAUCUCUUGGAUUCCUCAAGAAACUUAUCUGUUUGGAUAUGAGAAAUUGCAGCUCUGUUGAGAGAAUUCCUCCUCUUUCUGGUUUGGAGUCUCUUCAAUUUUUCAGUCUUUCAUUGUGUUCGAGACUGAAGAAGUUUCCUGAAAUUGAAAGAAACAUGAAAAGCUUGUUGGAGCUUCAUUUGGAUGGUACUAGCAUUGAGGAUCUGCCCGCAUCAUUUGAACAUUUGACUGGUCUUACCGUGCUGAAUCUAACAGAUUGUAUAAACCUUUUGCAUCUCCCUAGUGCCAUCAAGUGCUUGACAUCUUUGAAAAUUCUCCGUCUAACAGGAUGCUCAAAAUUGGAUGAAGUACCUGAGAGCCUGACCUCUGUGGAAUGUCUGGAGGAGCUUUACUUAGGUGGAACUGCCAUACGAGAGUUAUCGUUCCUUGUUGGUAUGAAGAAUUUAAAAUCUCUAUCUUGCCGAGGAUGUAAAGGUCAUGCUCCAACGGGUUUGUUGUUGCCUGCUUCACUGUGGAGAUUAACUUCAUUAUUAAGUCUAGACUUAUGCGAUUGCAAUCUGAUGGAUGGAGCAAUUCCCAAUGAUCUUAGCGGCUUAAUUUCCUUAAGAUGGUUACACUUAGGUGGUAAUAGUUUUGUCCGAUUACCUGAAAGUAUCUCUCAACUCUCAAAGCUCGAGACUCUCGGCUUGAGUAACUGUAGACAACUACAAUUGGUGCCAAAGCUUCCAUCAAGUGUUGAGAAUGUGCUUGCAGAAGAUUGUACUUCACUGUUGGAUUUUCCAAAUCAAUUCAAAAUAAUUACAUCACCUGAGUCGGGAGUUACUACAGUCAAUUCCCUCAGUUCAAGUGGUUUAACAAUUAGAGACUCAUACAGUUUGAAAGCGUGGAGUAUUUUAGGACAUGGAAAUGGACCUUGUAACGUACAAUUUUCCUUAAGAACUGAGCAUCUGGAGCGGAACCAAGUGGAUCAUUUGUCACUGCCCUUUCUUCUAAAAGACAUUGAGCUUUCCCAUUCCUCUUCAAGUCACUUUAAUGCCAUUCACAUUGAUAAUGAAAUUCCAGAGUGGUUCAGUACUAAAUCCACAGGCAACUUCAUAUCAACACCGAUACCUCCAAAUGUUACAGAUGAUUACAAGUGGAAGGGGGUUGCCUCUUGCGCUGUUUUCUCAGUCAAGGGACAUAAUAUGAGUGCUAUCUCCGUUAUCGAGUCGGGUUUCAAGACGUCUAAUUACUUGUAUCAAUGCACACUGGAAACUGAUCUUUUCUCUAUGAAACCAUCUGUCUUUGAAGGGGAAGAAAAGCACCACUUCAUUCGAUCAAGUUCUCAUCUGCUUUUCAUUUCCUAUUUAUCUAGUCUUCAUUUUUCAAAGCAGUUAAAUCAAUUAACUAUGCUUGGGGCUAGGUUUAAAACCAACAACCCAUUCAUGGAUGUCCAGGAAUGUGGAAUUCGUCUUGUCUAUGAGCAAGAUGAUGGAUGGUAUACGAAACUGAUCCCUGGCGAUACUGGGACUUCUCUAAAUGAAGUUUCAGACACUAUUCUUGAAUCUGGCUGGAUUAGAGAAGGGGAUACGUGUUUGAAAUGGGAGAAAUCUAUUCCACCCUUGGAACAAGACUCCACAAUUCUGCUGAGAAAGAAUAUCGAGUCCGUUCUUCCAAGAUACCUUGAGUCGUUAAACCAUAGUUCUGCCAUCUAUAGAUUUAAUCUCAGUGGAAGCCCAGCAUGGUUUGAGUACUCAUGUAGCCCUGACACUGAUGCAGGGUCAUGGCCCUCUGUGUCAAUCGAGAUUCCUCUGCACAAGAGUAAGAAGUGGAUGGGAUUUGCAAUAUGCGCGUCAAUUACAGAAGAACAGCAUCAUGUGAUACAAGACGACUAUUGUGUUUACUUUCAAUUCAUAACAGUUGAAUCUAAUGAGGAUCUUCCCCGAGAACUGGAGUAUGUUGUGGACAUGUGGUCAGAAGAUCAUAAUCGACUUUUGGUUGUUUACAUACCGCGAGCAGAGUUUCCUGUAGAUUUUAUGCAUCCAUCACCUACUGUAAUGAACAUUUUCUUCGGAACCAAUUGCCCUCAUGUAGAGGUUCGGAGAUGUGGGAUCCGUAUUCUAUACCAGGAAGAUUUUCAAGGGUUUGUUGAGACAAUCAUCCAGUGCAUGCAAAGAGAAGAUACUCUUGAACUUUAUGAUAAAAGGGUGGUAGAAGAUUGGAUAUAUUUGAUAGCAUUGGAAGGUGGUCAUCUAUAUACUCCAAACAAACUUGAUUCCAUAACCGGACGAGAAAGUAGGUUCGAGUUACUCUCUCAAAAAUAUAGAACUCAGGACUGGUGUGCUCCUUCACUGUUCUUUUGUGUAUUCUAUGGAACUGAAAUUUCCAAGUGGAAAUGGUUAAUGCAUUUCAACCCAGGAAACUCUGCAGAAAUCCAACUUCCCUCGAACUUGUUUGAUGAUGCUAAUUGGUUAGGGAUUGCUGUAUGUGCUUUUUUGUGGGUAUCUCACGAAGAUCCAAACGUGAUUCUUGGCACUCCUGAUUCAGACUUUAAUGUGCUUAGUUGUUGUCUGGACUCUGAUGUUGCUUGGGACAGCUUGUUUGAUGUCAAAGUUCAGCAACUUGUGCCAAAACUCAAACCCUCAGACCUUGCAGUUGAUUUGACUUGGUUUGUCUUUAUACCGCGCAGUGGUAAAUAUUUCAAGUUCUGGAGGCAAUGCAAUCUGGCCAGGGUAACAUUAUUGUCCUCUAGCCCAUGCUUAGGACUGCAUAGUUGUGCCCUUCGUCUAGUAUUCAAGCAGGAUGUUGAAGAUCUUGUACAGACACUUACCCUCUGCGAAUUACCAUGAAGGGCAUGCUUCUCUGUUGUAACCUGUGAGUAAUAUUGUUAUAGUAAAUAUCUCAUUUGAUCAGUUUUGCCGGUUGCAGUGAAUUCCCACAUUUGCAUUUUGCGUUGACAAAGAAGCAAACUCUUCAGGCAACCUUGGUUCCUGGCAAACAACAAACACAAGCUAUUGAAGCAACAACAAUAUUACUCACAGCAUGGAAGGAGUCUACAUUCGUAAAUAAUCUAACUGUUUGAUGGAGAAUGAGGGACUUUCCAAGACAAUAAGCAUAAUGGCAUGGAUUCCACGGUUUCUAUGAACACAACAGUAGAAGGAAGGCUUUGGUUAUGGAACUUGCAGUGCGCAGAAUGGAAUAGGUUCAUCAUGUCAAUGGUCCACCCAGUUUCGAUCAAUCAUUUCCUCCUUUUCUUGUGUGACGGUCCCUCUCUAGUCUCUUCACACUUUUAAGUUUUAGCUUUCAAUAAUGCAACUUCCCACCAUUUUCGACCUCCUCAAUAGACAUGAAAUGAGGAGGUCGAAAUGCAACUUUCAAAUAAACUCCUCAAUACACGUGGCACUAGUGCAAGACAGACCCUACAAGAUACUACACACACUAAGUUGCUGGUAGAAAAAUGGAUGCAGUUGAUACGAUUGCAAGGUGCCCAUUUAGACAGAAUGACGGGACAGGAUUCCAGAACCCCAAGGGAAAAAUCAUUUGAGUUGCACUCACGAAAAUAUAGAAUUGGGACUGGUCUGAAUCGUCUGAUCCUCGUCCUGCUUACUGUCUUCAAGAGAGUUGAUAUCUCCAAGUUCAAAUGGUUCAUACCUUUCAUCAACCAAGGCAACUCUGCAGAAAUCCAACUGCCUCUGAAUGUGUUUGAUGAUGGUAGUUGGUUGGGGUUUGCCUUGUGUUGUCAAAUCUCGACCCACUACCAAAAUCCAAACAUAAGUCUUGGCAGUACUGCUGCUGAUUCAACGUCUGGUGUGCUAUAUUAUCGUCUGGACUCUGAUGUUGCCUGGCACGGCUUAUUUGAUUGCUGGAUGCAACAUGGUUCUGAGGUACUCGAGCCGUCAGCUACCAUGCGACUCGGUUCUCAUAUAUACCGCGCACUGAAGUUUUUAACAAGAUGUGGAGGCAAUGCAAAUUGGCCAGGAUAACCAUGUGGCCCUCUAACCAAAGCUUAGCAGUGGAUAGUUGUGCCCUUCGUGCGCUACACAAGGAGGAUGUUGAACAUCUAGUUGAAACACUCACCCUUGCCGAAUUACCUUGAACACCCCCCAGCAUCUGCUGCUCAAUCAUGCCCGAAUAAGAAGGAGGCAGAGGUCCGCGGCAACGGGUUUCCUUUUGAGAAUGAGAUCAAUCGUAUUCUGUUUGUUCUGUGCUACGGUGAUCCUUUGUUUGAUCUGUUUUUGUCUACCUAGUCUCUCGCUACCACUGUUACUGUCCUCCAUUCCUCCUUAUGCUCCACCUUGCUUCAUCUGAUUGAACGCCACCGUGUUAUCUCUCUGUCUACGAUACUAAUCCACCUUGACUGAAAAUGGUCAAGCAGCAAUCGUGAGUCAUGUAUAGAACGAGAAUCGAGUUGCUCGUAGCUGUGACUUGUGGAGCUUAUUUUUUU